GUGCCGUAGAAGCACUUCCCAGCUAUUUUCGUGAAAGGAUUGAGAUCAUUCCAGCGUGUCCCUGGACACUCUGAUCCCUUGGUCAUAUCAGCAACGGAUGAAUGAAAGAGCAUGGAGGCGAAAGGGAAGAUGACAAAGUAAAGCAGAGGCAAGCUGCAGAAGUCUUCCGGCAAGGACAACAGCAGCUCCGAAAGGCUCAGGCCUCCGUGGGUGAUCAGGCUCUGGCUGAGUAUGAGAGCUGCGCACAACUCUUCUCAGAGGCCAUUUCUCUUCGUCCCAAUCAUGCACAGUACUACCAAGCUCGAGGUAGAUGUUUCCUUGCAGUGCAACAGUACUCACGGGCACUUGCGGACUUUGGAAUGUGCUGCCGGUUGGACGAGCACACUGCUAGACAUUUUGGCCAUCGCGGCCUCUGCUUCAGACGAUUAGGCCGUGUGGAGGAAGCUCUGCGAGAUUAUGAUGAAGCUCUUCGUUUGGAGAGGGCAAAAGCAGAGAAAGACCCAUCGGAAACUCACCAGCGACAGGCGGCGGAAUACUACUUCGAGCGGGCUUUGGUGCACAUCGAUCUCGAGCAGUAUGACAAAGCGAUUGAAGGCUUCACGCAGGCAUUGGAGAAGCGUUUGGCAACGCCGUACAAGGCCUUUUUUCACCGUGGGAUUUGCUACCGCAGAGUUGGACACAUUUCAGAGUCGAUACAGAAUCUGAAGGAAGCGAUUAACUUGGACACGACCAGUGCGGAAGCUCACAAUCAUCUUGGACUGUCUCACAUCAAAGAGCAAAACUUUGAAGAAGCCAGGAAAUGCUUUGCAAACGCCGUCGAGCUGGAUCCUUGUUCAAGGUAUCUAAACAAUCGUGGUCUGGCUUGCUAUCACUUGGAGAAGUACACGGAUGCAGCCGAAGACUUCACGGCAGCCUUGGAGGCUGAGCCGGGAAACGCAUCCGUCCUUUUUAACAGGGGAAAUGCUUCUUUUCAACUUGGCUGCCACAGAGACGCCUUGGCUGACUAUAGCGAGGCUAUUCGCCUGGAGCCGGAAAACGCCACUUACCUCCAUCACAAGGGCUUGGCCUUUCAGGGCUGCGGAGAAGUGCGCCAAGCCAUUUCUUGUUACGAAGAGGCUUUGCGCUGUGAUGCAGGGCAUCAUCCGUCAAGGUUUCACCUUGGCAUCAUGUACCAUGCAGAUGGACAGUAUGACCGUGCUUUGGAAGCCUUCAACGGGGGUGUUCCAGCAGAUGAAGCUCUUCAUGAGGCACGAGGCCUUGUCUACAGAGACAUGGGCGACUAUCAGACAGCGCUUGUGGACUUUGAUGCAGUUAUUCAGCUGGAACCACAGAAAGGAAGGCACUACUACAAUCGCGGGGUUGUCUAUCAUCGCAUGGGACGUGAAGAGGAUGCGAUUGAGGAUUUGUCGAGAGCAAUAGACCUGGGCAGCACCGAGGCCGCUGUUUUCAGCGAGCGCGGACUGGCAUGGAGAUCUUUCGGCAACAUGGCUCAGGCCGUGAUCGACCUCACAGCUGCAAUAGAAGCUGAUGGCACCCAAACACUCUAUUUGUCAAAUCGAGGGCAAUGCCUCUUUGAGCAGGGACUCUAUGAUAGGGCUGAGGCUGAUUUGAGUCGUGCGCUGCAGAUCGAUGGUCGUGAUGCCGAAUUGCUUUACAGGCGUGGAAUCACGCGCUACGCGCAGAGACAUUAUGCUGAGUCUAUAGCUGACCUGAAAGCUGCAUUGUCACAGGGGCCAAUCGCAGGACACGAGGCAGAGGUGUACUAUCAUCUCGGUGUCUCCUAUGCCAACUUGGGCAAGCAUAAGCUCGCCGUGCCUGCGUACGACCAAGCCAUGAGCCUCACUCGGGAGGAACGGCCUCACUAUUUGCAUGAACGUGCGAAAAGCUUACAGAUAAUUGGAGAGCACAAGAGAGCCUUGGACGACUUCUCGAAGGUGAUUGACAUGCAGCCAACAAAUGCACGUGCGAUGUUCAGGCGAGCCUUCAGCUUCAAGGCAGAAGGAAUGUACGAAGCCGCAGCGGAAGAUUUCGAGGCCGCCAAAGAGUUUGCACCAGAUGAUCCUCGUUUGGUGAUCAACUACCGUAAGGUGUACGAUGUGGCUUGUAUUUCCCUCGGACCUUGCGGACACGAGGACCCGAACGUUAGUACAAUGUAACCUCGCAAGAUUGUGAGGGCUGCCUGUUUCACCUGCAAGUGUCUCACCUCACAGAUGCCGUUCAAGAGGAACGGUGCCCAUGCCCGCGCCCCUCAUUUGUUGGCGCUCAAAGGAAAAGGUUGGACAAACUGCUGUCCGUUUGAGUGCUUUACUUUUUCCACCACUUUAUGGGGUAGCGGUUCCAAUCAUCAUUAACAUCCUCAAAAAGGAUAAAGUGU